AUGAAAUACACAUCAUGCUGUUUGUGGAAUGUUCGCAUGACAUGUGGGCCACGCCUUGAUAGAGAUUCUUUAUUUACUUCCAAUGAACUUCAUUUUCACAUGAACGCUGUGUUUGGUUGCAUAAUUUCUGACUAUAUAUUAAUCAAAUCACGGUGGCAUAGCUUCAAUGAGAAUGCUGCACUUUGUCCUAAUCAUCACUAUUAUUUAUGUGACGGCUAUACUCCAGCUUGGUAUUGUACAUAUAAGCAUUGCUAUAGUAGACAAGGACUAAUACACAUGGGCGCAAGAGCUGCGUUGCUCAUAGGAGAUGUUCCUAUUCUUGGAUACAUAUGCAGUUGGCAUAGAGAUAUUUUUGAGAAACUGAUGUUAACGAAGAAUUUACAACCUAUUCUAAUUCCUCAAUAUGGAUUGCCCGCCAUAUGGGAUUGCGUCGAAAAGGUACAACCUAUCAAGAGCGAAGCAUUAUUGUCUGAUAACUCCUCAAAUAUCGUUAAGAAUCAACAGAGAUAUGAUGAUCGUCCUUCCUACGAAAUGCCAACCAAAACUUAUACUGAUCAUUCGAAUUAUCCAUCAGUUGAUAACGGUAUCAAUACAAGCAAGAUACAUCUAACGCUACGUACACAACAAAAUGGUAAUUCGACUGAACAUGAUUCCGUAAGUAAAUUGAGCAGGCACGUUUUAGUGUAGUUUUGCCAUUGAAUUGAUAUACCCAGUUAUACAAAUCAUUCACAUUACUCAGUUACAAAAAGUCUUUAAAUUUCCAUCAUCUAAAAAAUACUAGUUAGACCAAGGGGGAAACGGCGGAUUCCGGAUUCCCAAGAUUCCCGGGAUUCCCGGAAUCCCAUGGAUUCUUGGAACUUUUAUAAUAACGAAUGACAUUCCAGAAAUUCGUAUUUAACCUCUAUGAUCUUCACUCUAGUCUCGAAAAUCUCAUAGAGCUCAGUGCUAAGGCUUCACUGCUUUAUCAAAUGACUA